AUGGUAUCAUCUAACCAAUUUUCACUCAUCUUUCUCCUCCUCCUGUUAGCCAUUAUCAACUUCACCCACAGCACGGACCUAACAAUAACAAUAGUCAACAACUGUCCCUACACCAUCUGGCCAGCCAUUCAACCCACCGCCGGCUACCCCAUCUUAGACCACACCGGUUUCCAACUCGAAAAACUAACCCACUUCUCCUUUCCCGCUCCCCAAACGCAGUGGUCCGGUCGUAUCUGGGCUCGAACGGGAUGCAUAGAAUCCCUAGACCGUUUCACAUGUGCCACCGGAGACUGCGGAGGGCAUCUCGAGUGUGUCUUGAUGGGAGGUGCUACCCCAACAACCCUAGCCCAAAUCAGCGUUCACAAUCCACCCAACGACGAUUGUUCAUACGAUGUGAGUCUGUUGGAUGGUUUCAACAUCCCGAUGACAGUUACCCCACACGAGGGGAAAGGGAACUGCCCAGUAGUUGGGUGCCGGGAAGAUAUUUUGGCGACUUGCCCAGAUCCAUUGAGGAUGCGGUCGUCUUCGGGAGCGGUAGUGGGGUGCAUGAGCGGGUGUGAGGUGUUUGGGACCGACGAGUUAUGUUGUCGGAAUCAUUAUAACAGCCCACAGACUUGUAAGGCUUCGAAUUACUCGGAGUUCUUUAAGGUGGCUUGUCCGGAUACGGUUACCUACGCACAUGACUCGUUGGCUUUGUAUGAAUGCUCGUCUGUGCGCGAGCUUAAGGUCAUAUUUUGUCAUUGA